UCCGUGCGUCGUUGUGAAGGGUCGAGAGGAGCAGUUACUUUUAUCGAACACGCGUUGGUGCGCGUGCUUGCUCGCGGAGAGCUGUCACUGGCUGGGUCAGUUGGCAACAGACCUUCGAGGUGGUUGGAAGUGGUCGUGUUGUUCGUUCGAAUAUCGGCGAACCCGUCAAACUUAUCUCGUCGAGUUUUCGACGCGUAACCACGAUCGAAAGCGAAGCUUCUCGUUUCUGCACCGUGACAGAGGGACUGGAUUAGGGAGAGACGAAUUCGUGGGUGCGUCGAUAAGUCGGGAAAACCAUGGAGUUCGUCAGGAUCAUUUGACCCACGGGAACGACUCCAGGCUCGGUGGAUCGUGCUACCUCGCGUGAUACUACAAGUCGGUAUGCACUGCCUAGGUGCGGUGACAGGAGGCAUUCCCAGCCCAAAUGGGGCUGGCGGUCGGGGUGGCAUUCUCAGCGUGUUCCGAGCCCUUGGAGUCCUAGUGUGCGAAGGGAGGAUUCAGGGCCCUCCACGUGGUUACAAAGAGGGCCCACACUGUGCAGCUCCUAUGCAACCAGCUCCCAACGACCAUGUGUGUGACGAAGAUAAUUACUUGUGCGAUCGAUAUCUUGUGUUGGUUCGAGAGAUCGCGGACCGUGUCACGAUUGGUUCAUCCCUGUGCAUCGAAGUAGUGUUAUGUAGCGAUUGUCCAUGUGGUUUGGCAAAGUCGGCGAGCAAGAAUCCGAUCUGUACCGUGCCGUCCUUAUCGAUCUCGCCAUGGCAACAAGCGUCAGAGAUGCUGCUCGAGUACUGGUGUAUCUGUGCAGUUCCCAGCAAGAGUCCAGAGACCAUGAACUUCUAUGGGGUGUAUCAGGCAGUUCGUUCCCGGCUUCACUUCAGCCAGGUGGCUGCUUGGUGGUCCAGGAGCAACGGGGCUGAACCCUGUUACAUCGCGACAAGAGUGGUGCCGCAUAACGAGGAGAAUCUUCGAAAGUUCCGGGAUACACCUGUGGAACACACGUUCCCUUUCGCUGGCAAUGGCGAUGGAAAUUCUAUAAAGGUCACCGUUUGGGCACAGCCACGGAUGGAGGAGGUACCGAUUCUCACCUGUCCGCUGCACCCGAUCAAAGAGAAAGACGAGGAGGGCGUCGCGAGGGCUUUAACACCUACCAAGGCUAUCCCGGUUCCCGGUGCUGCGCAAAAUCCCGAAGGCCUCGUUUUGCCUGCUUUAGUGGACGACAGGCUGCAGACGCCUUGCAACAAACCAGGAAAGCAUCACUGUCCCUGCGAAGAAGAGGAUGUUCCACCGCCAUCGCCCGUGAUCCCGCGACAGAAUCGCGAGAGGAAACGUCGUCGAUCGCUGCCAUGUGGUCCCACGGACGCGAACAGCUGCGUGACGGUUCAACCGAUGCCAUCCGUGCGGGAAGCGGUCGCUCAAGAAUCGAAGGAGAAUCAGAGUUCAAGUUAUCCGAAAUGUUCGUCCGAGAUUUCCAACAAUCGUGGCGUGAAAUCUGGCCAAAGUCAGUGUAGCAAGUUCGAGGAUAACUGCAGCAGCAUCAAGAAUCGAAACAAUUUGAACUCUGACAACUUGGAACGGUGCUUCAAGGCUCAGCUGAACAUCGACGAGCGUGAAGGUAACAUGGAGAAGCGUUACAAACGGACGAUCGAGGAUCCGAAGUUGAAGUCCGGAUUGAAUUGCAAAGAAAAACAAUGCAACUUGGAGAAGAAGGAGGUGCAGGGAGCUGGUAACAAGAAAAUCAAAGAUACAGAAGCUAAAUCAACAGAGAAGAACGGUCUGUUCGAGAAUCUGAUACCGUUCAAUUCCUCACUGCCUUGGUCUUUCGUAGAAUCUUGGAACAACAGCAACGCGAACGGAAAGUGUGCUUUCCAGAGCUUGCGUGGAACUAAGGAGGGUUACUUCAACGACCCUGAAAGAAUCUGCAAACCUCCGGUCUCUAAGGACUCGAGCCUCGUGAUAAAUCCUUUCAGACAACCUAGUCCCUUUCACGAAUCAAAUCCAGGCCCCUCGACGAAUAAUCGGCUGAAGCAAGAUUCCGCUUGCAUGGUGCAUCAGAGCUGCGGCAAAUCGUCGAACAAGUCUAAUCAUCCGGAUUCGGUGUCACCUGGACAGAAAGCCACAGAGUCGAAUCUCGACGGCGUCGCGAACAACAAAGGACGAGCCGGGAAAGAUCUGAGCCAAUUGAUAUCGAAGUUGUCCUUCCCCGAAGACAAAGACAAGUCGAAGGAGGAAGGAGGCUUCUUGGAUUGGUUCAGCAAGGUUCCUGGAAGAGUGCUGGGCGUCGCGCCGAGCAACGGUUACGCGGAGAACAAGGUGAAAGCUACGAACCUGAAGAGUCAAGAGCAGCAGGGGAACGAAGUGAGAUUCAAGAAUUGCAACCUGGAGUUGAGCCAGCAGGAGUUCGACGAGGUGUUGGCCGUUCUGAGAGCGAGGACACCGUCCGGUCGCAAGAGGACCAGCGUCAGGACCGUGAGGAGACGGGACAGGUCGGAGAAGUCGCUCGAGGACGGGUCGGAAAAGUCGACGGUGAAAUAUACGAACUUGGAGAACAGCGAAUGCUCGACGAACAACAUGGUGAAUCGUACAAAAUCCUGCGAGGGAUGUAGCCACAAGCUUUGCAGGAAGAACGACCAACAAGCUUUACAGAAGACCAAUUUCACCGAGAUCUAUGGCAAUAAGAAUAUCUACAAUCCGUCGCAGAAGCGCGAGAAGCUCGAGGGGAACGGAUCGAGCGACGAUCUGCAGGCGAUCAAAUGCAAUAAUUCGGAGAAACGAACGAACGACACGAUCGACUGUUUGCAAAAUGUCUCGAACAAAGCGGACAUAUUAUUGGGAGCAAUCUUGCGAACUAGCAAGGACCGAAGGAACCCCUCGGAGGUUACCAAUGGGACCAAACCCAGGUCCGUGUUGCCAACACAAGUGAACGAAUCGGGGAAGAGUGAUCGUAACAAUUUGGGCUGCGAGAAGACGUGUCAAGAGCAGAAAAUCGUGUCGUUGGAGGACGAGAAGUCUUUACCAAUGGCAUUGAACAAGAGAUUCAAUCGAUUCCGGCAGCUAUUCAAGAAGGAACAAGAGAAGAAGGUGUCCUCGAACGCGGAGGGCAAUUCGCACGAAACGAUUCAACAGUUAGGUCAACGUUCGUUCUCCUACAACAACGUCCAGCCAAGCCUGCACGAUCCAAAGAAUCUGAGGGACAGCAAAGCGAGACGCCGAAUAGAUUUCUCGAAUUUCGUGGAGGAAACGGAGAAACGUGACGCGUUGCCAGAUCCCUCGGACCUUAGUACAAAUGGCGCACAUCAAAACUCAAAAACCUAUAGUACAAAUUACAAGGACGAACUCUGCUGUUACCACGAGCUUGAGACGUCGAAAUGGCCCAACAGGCUGCACAGUACAAACGAUGUAAACGACGGUACGGUCCAGCGUGAAGAAGACGACGAGGCUACCAUUUUGUCGAAGCUGCGCAAGGACACCGUUCCGAAUCUAGGGAAGAAUAACAGUUAUUUAUCUUCCAAGCUACGAAACGGUGUUCAUGGAAAAGACAACGCGAUCAUCGACGAGGAGGAGACUCUCGAUAAAGCGGUACCAACAGCCAUCGAGCAAGAAAGAUUUCGACGCUCGUUGGAGAACGCAGCUUCUAUGGUGUUCCAUAGUAGGACCGGUUUGCCAUUGACUUCUAGCCCAGCACCGUUGAGAAGAGGCAGCUGUUGCUUCGAUUAUGAUAGCAGUCUGAAUUCAGUCUCCUCAAAAAGAAGUGCACUGUUCGAAUUAAAUACCCCGCCAAGUCCAGGUGCCGUAUCGCUAGAAGAAACCGAUAGAGAGACCGAGAACGCUGGGGAAGGCGAGGAGACACCUAAAAGACGCUCGUCUUCUCGUAGUAGACCGCAAAGUCACGCUCUUUUAGGCAGCUUUGAGGAAUCAGCUUUAAAUGGUAGACUCGAGCCUGUGUCCACAGUUCAUGGUUUCACGGCAGAGCUCGGGGCAAGUGGUUCCUUUUGUCCAAAACAUCGAAAGCUUCCAGUCACUGUGUUCUUCUACACCCUUGGUGACAAUGAUAAAGUUUCUACACCCUAUCUCGCACAUAUUAAUUUGGGCAAAAAGGGCUACCAAGUACCAAGAAGCGGUACUAUACAAGUAACGCUUCUCAAUCCUUUGGGUACAGUCGUUAAGAUGUUUGUAGUACUAUACGAUCUUUCUGAUAUGCCGCCACGAUCUCAUACUUUUUUACGUCAGAGAACACUGCGGGAUAAAACACUACGCUACCUCGUACAUCUUAGAUUUAUGUCUGGUAAAUCAGGUCGGAUCUAUUUGCACACGGACAUCCGUAUGAUAAUUUGUCGCAAGUCUGACGUCGAUACGGCGUCAGAUUUCGGGUCAGAGCCACCAAAGGAACUCCGCAGCUACAUCCACGGCCCUACCAACCCGAAAUUCUCGCCAAGGUGCUGAGCCACGUGGCUCUUUCCAUGGGGUUGUUGUCAGUCGCUCCGUUCACCUAGUCCCCUUCACGCAGAGGUUUAACAAAAAUGAAUUUCAUGGAAACGGGUGGACGUUAAUUUUCAGAGUCUUCGACAACGAUUUUUUCGAGGGAAGAAAGCAUUUGAAAUUGAGAUUCCUUGGGAAUCUCCGAGCAAUAUUUGAAAACAAAGAAGAGGUAUCCUUGAAUUUUGACAAGGAAUGAUCAUUGGAAAACAUUUUGAUGGGAUACCUUGAUUAUAAGAAAGAAGAUGGAGCUUAAUGUCAUGGAAGAAAAUCUUAAUGUCAUUGAGAUUGUUAUUCAUGGAAGAUUGAUAGUAUUUUGGAGAGAUUCUCGCGAAGAAUGUUGAAGGGAGAUGUGAGCGAUCGGAGGAAGAAAGUUUGAAAAGGAAACGUUUUUCUUGAAUGAAAUAUUUCGAAAGAGUAAUAAGAAAGGUACAUUAAUGGGAACAUUGAGAAUCGCUUCAUGUUUCGUUGUUCAGUUCUUGUUCCUUUCGGUUUAUCAGUGAUUUUUAAUCGUAUUGCAAGGGACACACGCGUCAGCGUUAGCUUGCUCGAUGUUUCUUUGAUUUUAGUUUCGUAGUUGAUCGAAAUUUUUAGUUGAAUUAAAAUCUAUCGUUUCGUUUACUCGAUGCUUUCGAACGGAUGUGGUGUUUUUUGUUUUUCUUUUCCGGCGUAACUUUUGCCCGUGACGAAAGCUUACGUCAGAAGAGUUCUUGUCUUUCAGAUUUCGCGCACUCGAACGUUCAUUUCAGUGGCGCGUUUUUAAGAAACAGAUUUCUAGCUUGCCGAAGCUCGUGGAUUCGAAAGCUGGAAGAUCUCCUUUGGAAGGCCAUCUUCUCAAUUGUUGUAAAUAUAAGAGUCACGUGUAAAGUCGAAUAAGAAUUUUUUUAACGGGAUGAUAAUGUCGUGUGUGUGUAGUACGCUAAAGAAGAAGAAAAAAAAUAACGAAGGAAGAAAGUUAAAAAAGCGAUCCGAGAGCAUAGAAAAUAUCAAGAAUCGGGUCUCUCGUUGACACGAAAAAAA